GUCACUUUGUGGUUUAUUGCACUUCCGGAACCAGCUAUUGAUAAACUUCCUCUUUUUCUACAGAAACUAUUUCAGUUUGCUAGAGGAACAUUUUAAAUCUGAAUUGAACCACCCAUUUUCCUUUCUUAGCCAAAUCACCAAAAUGUCCAGUUAGAACAAGAAUUUAGCAUUCUGCAAAAGAAGUUAACAGCUGAGAGAUGGGAUCUCACUAUGUGGUCCAUGCUGUUCUUGAACUCCUGGCCUCAAACGAUCCUCCCACCUUGGCUUCCCAAAGUGCUGAGAUUACAGGAAUGAGCCACCACGCCUGGCCUUUACUGUUUGCUUCUACCACUAGAAUCUGAAACACUUAAAGGCAGUGACUAUCUUUUUUUUUUUUAAAUCUCCUAAACCUAGAACAGAGCUCCACACAAAUGUGGCAUUUACCAAUAAAUGAAUGAAAGCAGCAGCAGGACUACUUGACCAACUGGAUUGAAUUUACUCCACCAGAUUCAGAGAUCACUCUAGGAUUUUAAGCCUAGGAUUCUGAGUUGAAUUGAAGUCUUUAAAAAUAUGCAAUAUUAACAUAAGGCUACCAUGCUACAGAGACACUGAGGAUGCUGCAAAGAUUACUAAUAGACUCUGUGCCUAAGAAACUUAGUGGUACCAUUAACAGAUAUAGAGAAGUUGGGAGAAGAGUCAGAUGUGAGGGUAAAGAUGAAAUUUUAAAUAUGUUGAAUUUGCUGAUAGUGGGAGAUAUAUAUAUAUGGAAAAAUCCACCAAGAAGUCAUACAAAUAGAAUUAGGACAAAGAAGAUGUAGGCUGGAGGUACAGGUUUAGGAAUUGUGGCAUAAAGCUGAGAACUAAAAUCUUACAGAAUCAGGAACAAAGAAAAGUAGGUAAGGGUGAGGACUGAAUAUCAAUAAACCAUAUUUAGGAGGCAGAAGAAAAAGAGCUAGUGAGAGUAACAUGAAAGGAAGACUGAUUACAAAAAGCUACUUGAAUAUUAGUGAAGGAACAGUAGUGUCUAAUGUGGUCAAGGAGGGGAGGGGAGAGAAGAAAUAAAGAACAAUUAGAUUAGGUAAUAGAUGAUCACUGGUGUUCUUCAAGGCAGGAGAAUCAAUAUAUUUCUAGUAGAAAAUGGUGAAAAAAGGUAGAGAACACAUGGAUCCAGCAUAUAGAGCCUAUGCGUUUUGAGAAGUAUGACUAAGUGAAGUACUGAAAUAUAAUGAAGCUAGAGGGGCAGCAGAGCCAAGUACAGAACUUGUAUUAAUAAAAGAAGAGAGAUCACUGCUUAUGAGGUCCAAAUGCUGUAUGAUGGGUUAGAGUAUAUCCAAGAGUUGUUACACCAAACCUACAGUGUAUCAAGUCUAAAUUAGGAAUAAUAACUACUAAUCAACUACUACUAAUUAGGAAUAAUGUCUACCUACUUUAUGCCAGGAAUUAUAAUGAAAAGUCAAAUUUUUAACUACACACCAAUGAUGCCUGUCUUUCUCUUUCAUUAUAAACUCACUAUAGAUAAGGAGGAAAUAUUCUGAAAUGGAUCCCAAAUAUUUCAUCUUAAUUUUGUUUUGUGGACACCUGAACAAUACAUUUUUUUCAAAGACAGAGACAAUUACAACAGAGAAGCAGUCACAGCCUACCUUAUUCACAUCAUCAACGUCACAUGUAUUGGCUAAUUCUCAAAAUACAACAGGGAAUCCUUUGGGUCAACCAGCACAAUUCAGUGACACUUUUUCUGGACAAUCAAUAUCACCUGCCAAAGUCACUGCUGGACAACCAACACCAGCUGUCUAUACCUCUUCUGAAAAACCAGAAGCACAUACUUCUGCUGGACAACCACUUGCCUAUAACACCAAACAACCAACACCGAUGGCCAACACCUCCUCCCAGCAAGCUGUGUUCACCUCUGCCAGACAACUACCAUCUGCCCAUACUUCUACCACACAACCACCACCAUCAUUUGUCUAUACUUUUACUCAACAAUCAUCAUCUGUCCAGAUCCCUUCUAGAAAACAAAUAACUGUUCAUAAUCCAUCCACACAACCAACAUCAACUGUCAAAAAUUCACCUAGGAGUACACCAGGAUUUAUCUUAGAUACUACCAGUAACAAACAAACCCCACAAAAAAACAAUUAUAAUUCAACAGCUGCCAUACUAAUUGGUGUACUUCUGACUUCUAUGUUGGUAGCUAUAAUCAUCAUUGUACUUUGGAAAUGCUUAAGGAAACCAGUUUUAAAUGAUCAAAAUUGGGCAGGUAGAUCUCCAUUUGCUGAUGGAGAAACCCCUGACAUUUGUAUGGAUAACAUCAGAGAAAAUGAAAUAUCCACAAAACGUACAUCAAUCAUUUCACUUACACCCUGGAAACCAAGCAAAAGCACACUUUUAGCAGAUGACUUAGAAAUUAAGUUGUUUGAAUCAAGUGAAAACAUUGAAGACUCCAACAACCCCAAAAUAGAGAAAAUAAAAGAUCAAGUAAAUGGUACAUCAGAAGAUAGUGCUGAUGGAUCAACAAUUGGAACUGCUGUUUCUUCUUCAGAUGAUGCAGAUCUGCCUCCACCACCUCCCCUUCUGGAUUUGGAAGGACAGGAAAGUAACCAAUCUGACAAACCCACAAUGACAAUUGUAUCUCCUCUUCCAAAUGAUUCUACUAGUCUCCCUCCAUCUCUGGACUGUCUCAAUCAAGACUGUGGAGAUCAUAAAUCUGAGAUAAUACAAUCAUUUCCACCGCCUGACUCACUUAACUUGCCCCUGCCACCGGUAGAUUUUAUGAAAAACCAAGAAGAUUCCAACCUUGAGAUCCAGUGUCAGGAGUUCUCUAUUCCUCCCAACUCUGAUCAAGAUCUUAAUGAAUCCCUGCCACCUCCACCUGCAGAACUGUUAUAAAUAUUACAACUUGCUUUUUAGCUGAUCUUCCAUCCUCAAAUGACUCUUUUUUCUUUAUAUGUUAACAUAUAUAAAAUGGCAACUAAUAGUCAAUUUUGAUUUUUAUUCAGGAACUAUCUGAAAUCUGCUCAGAGCCUAUGUGCAUAGAUGAAACUUUUUUUUAAAAAAAGUUAUUUAACAGUAAUCUAUUUACUAAUUAUAGUACCUAUGUUUAAAGUAUAGUACAUUUUACAUAUGUAAAUGGUAUGUUUCAAUAAUUUAAGAACUUGGAAACAAUCUGCAUAUACUUAUUACCCAGUACAGUUUUUUUUUUCCCCCUGAAAAGCUGUGUAUAAACUUAUGGUGAAUAAACUUUUAUGUUUCCAUUUCAAAGACCAAGGUGGAGAGGAAUAAAAGACUAAGUAUAUACUCCAAGUUUUAAAUUAAUACCUCAAGUAUUAAAUAAAUAUUCCAAGUUUGUGGGAAUGGGAGAUUAAAAUGCAUGUUUGAGAAUA